CAAUUGAGCAUGACUACAGUGUAAAGUUUGUAUUUCAUAGAUGCCACUCACUCUUAUUGUGGUCUAGCGCCAUCGUCGGUCUAGAGAGGGACCCCCCCCUGCAUUGUUGGGGUAAAAAAUAGACUUUUUGUUCUCGUGACUCGCUGGGUCGCAGACGGCAACUGGCACGGCCCAACCCAGAACACAAACUGACCGGCCUCGCAUCCCGAACAGCAUCACUUCUAAUUGUGCUUCUUAGCUGCGCUGUCACACAAUGAGAGCUAAAGCCAUGACUACUACGACAAGCACGCCGGCGAUGGCGCGCAUCCUCAUCAAGGGUGGCAAGGUGGUGAACGACGACUGCACCCAGGAGGCCGACGUUUACAUCGAGAACGGCAUCAUCCAGCAAGUGGGCAAGGAGCUGAUGAUACCCGGCGGCGCCAAAGUGAUCGACGCCGCCGGGAAGCUGGUCCUCCCGGGCGGCAUCGACACCAGCGUUCACCUGGAGGAGACGUUCAUGAACGCCACCACGGCCGACGACUUCUACAGCGGCACAAAGGCUGCUUUAGCCGGCGGCACCACCAUGGUGAUGGCGCACGUUCUGCCCGAGAAGAACGAGUCUUUGCUGGAUGCGUACGAGUCCUGCCGUCGCUCGGCGGACGCCAAAAGCUGCUGCGACUACGCGCUGCACGUGGGAGUCACUUGGUGGGGGCCCAAGGUCCGUGGCGAGAUGGAGAAGCUGGUGAGGGAGAAAGGAGUGAACUCCUUCCAGAUGUUCAUGGCCUACAAGGACAUGUUCAUGCUGAGGGACAGUGAGCUCUUCCAGGUCCUGCAGCACUGCAAGGACAUCGGCGCCAUCGCCAGGGUCCACGCCGAAAACGGCGAGCUGGUGGCGGAGGGUGCAAAGGAAGCGUUGGAGUUGGGCAUCAGUGGACCCGAGGGCAUCGAGAUCAGCAGGCCUGAAGAGCUGGAGGCUGAGGCGACCCACAGGGCCAUCACCAUCGCCAACAGGGCCCGCUGCCCCAUCUAUCUGGUCAACGUGUCCAGUAUGGCGGCCGGAGACGUGGUCGCCACCGCCAAGAUGCAAGGUCGGGUGGUCCACGGGGAGACGAGCACCGCCCACGCCGUGCUGAACGGUAGCCAGUACUACCACCAGGACUGGGCCCAAGCUGCGGCGCACGUCACCCUGCCCCCUCUGCGUCUGGACCCCAGCACGCCCAACUACCUGAUGAGCCUGCUGGGAAACGACACGCUCAAUGUCCUCGGCUCCGAUCACCGCCCGUUUACCACCAAACAGAAAGCCAUGGGGAAGGAUGACUUCACAAAGAUCCCCCACGGGGUUCCUGGCAUUCAGGACCGCAUGAGCGUCAUCUGGGAGAAAGGAGUGAUCGGAGGCAAGAUAGACGAGAAUCGCUUUGUGGCCGUCACCAGCUCAAACGCCGCCAAGAUCUACAACCUCUACCCCAGGAAGGGCAGAAUCAUCCCGGGAGCAGAUGCCGAUGUGGUGGUCUGGGACCCAGAGGGGUCCAAGACCAUAUCCGUGGAAAACCAGCUCCAGGGUGGAGACAUGAAUCUGUACGAGGGUCUUCGCUGUCACGGUGUUCCUUUGGUGACCAUCAGCCGGGGACGGCUGGUCUACGAGAACGGCAUGUUCACGUGCGCCGAGGGCUCUGGGAAUUUCUGUCCACUGAGGACCUUCCCGGACUUCCUUUACAAGAAGAUGGUUCAGAGGGAAAAGUGCCAGUCCGCAAAACGUGUGGAGAGGGAACCCUACAAGGGCGACGUGGUCGCAGUGGCGAACGCCGGGAAGAGGGACGUCGGCACCUCGGAACUGGACACCCCGACACGUCCGAGCACCCGUCACGGCGGCGUGAGGGACCUCCAGGAGUCCAGUUUCAGCCUGUCCGGUGCCCAGAUUGAUGACAAAAUUCCCAAGAGAUCCUCGGCCAGGAUCCUUGCACCUCCUGGUGGACGAUCCAGCGGGCUUUGGUGAUCCCCCAGGGACAUAUUUGUCCAGAGGAGAUGUUUUUAUUUAUUUUAUUUUUUAUUUAAGAUGCCUUUGUACGCGACGUUAGCUCCACUGUGUACCGAACCGGAUGUAAUAGCACGGUCAUGUGACUGAUCGAUUUGUAGUUAGUGCUACGCCCCCGCCACCGCUAUAUCCGCACGGAGCUCUUUGUUGGUAGACGUGGGAAGAAAAAAAAAAAACAAAAAAAAACGAGGGCCUUGCGUUGCGUUGCGUUGCGACUACACUGCCGACACACGCUGGCAAAGUCAGGACCGCGGGUCCGAGUCUCACCCAAACUGCCUUUUUCCUCACUCAAACACAUCAUUACUGUAUGUGCCGCCAUUGCUCCGACUGUGUGAUGUCACAAUGGAAAAGGUCAUCCAUGUUUAAAAACACCCAAAACGCCGCCAUUGAAGUUUCUCCUCGUACA